AUGGUGGAACUCCAUCCUCAGCGCCUGCUGACUCGGGAGGAGUUCAAGACGAACUUGCUGGCAGCACCAGGCGUGCUGAAGGUCGUGGUCAAGAGCUCCAAGACCUCGCAGGGCAACCGAGGCGACCACGUCUUCGAGCAGAACCUGGAAGUCCACCUGCAUCGCGAGCCCCAUGUAGCUCUGGAGUUCGAGAUCACGCGGAACAACCACAUGAAACACAUGGAGGGGCGCCCUUACACUGAGACAGCGAUGCUCAAG